AUGGUCAAAACGAGACUACAAGGCAAGUUCGAUGUUCCCCCUCAGAUUGAAAGCUGGGAGCUAAAUUAUUUAGUUGAUCGAUCAUCGUCCUCUCGGCUUGGUAGUUCUCUUCGAAUUAUUCGCGAGAUUUUUUAUCAUGAGGGUGGUCUGGUCGCCUUUUAUCGAGGACUCACCCCUAAUGUCAUCGGGAAUUCUACCAGCUGGGGUCUAUACUUUUUGUGCUAUGGCAGCUUGAAGGACACUAUUCGAGCUUACCGUGACAAAAAAGGGCAGAUCCUUUCAUCGUCGGAUUAUUUUAUCGCAUCUGGCGGUGCAGGUGCGAUCACAUCGGUACUCACCAAUCCGAUCUGGGUGAUAAAAACACGGAUGUUGUCAACAGGUUCUCGUGCUCCUGGUGCAUACUCUUCUUUCACGUAUGGGGCGAAGCAAAUCUACAAUGCAGAAGGAAUCCCUGGCUUCUACCGAGGUCUAGUGCCCGCACUUUUUGGUGUCAGUCACGGUGGCCUUCAGUUCAUGGCGUACGAGCAGUUGAAGCUUUUGAGGUCCUGGUCUAAGACUACUGAGGUCUCACAGACAAAAAGCCAUUCUGGCACUGAAGGCUUAGGAAACCUCGACUUUUUUGCUAUCUCCAGUUUGUCCAAGGUGUUUGCUAGCAGCAUGACGUAUCCUUACCAGGUGAUCAGGUCUAGACUGCAGACCUAUGAGGCUCGUGUGAUCUACCGUGGAGCUGUUGAUGUUUUCUCCCAGAUCUGGGCACGCGAGGGCAUGGCCGGCUUUUACAAAGGGCUUGGGCCAAAUCUGUUCCGAGUACUUCCAAGCACAUGGGUAACCUUUCUCGUAUAUGAAAAUACCAAGUUUUACCUAUCUAGACUGGAAUAA